CGUCAAGUACUUCCGGGUCACCUCGCUCGUUUCGGGAAGUAAAGUGAAGUUGCUCAGCGAAAACAAGAAUCGCAAGAGGGUUAAUCCUCCUCAUCAUGCCUGCCGCGGUGAUCAUGGAAGAAAACUAUGACAAAUUAUUAGAGCAGUGUGAAGCACAAGAGCUCGAGGCACCAGGAGGCAUUACGACCCCUCAAGUUUAUGCUCAACUUCUGGCACUGUAUUUACUACAUAAUGAUAUGAAUAAUGCCAGGUAUCUUUGGAAGCGGAUUCCCCAGGCAAUAAAAGCGGCAAAUCCCGAAUUAGCAGCAAUCUGGACAGUUGGCCAGCACAUUUGGCAACGAGAUUUCCCCGGCAUCUACACAUCUAUUGCGGCUUAUCAGUGGUCGGAAAACAUUCUCCCAGUAAUGGAGGCCCUUCAAGAGAGCACGCGACAGAGGGCCCACGGCCUCGUGGCGCAGGCGUACACUUCCAUCAGCGUUGAAGAUUUCGCCGCCUUUGUGGGCUACUCGGUGGAAGACAGCGUCAAAGGUGUUGUGAGCCAAGGCUGGCAGGCGGAUCCCGCCACCAGGAUGGUGAUGCCGAAAAAGCCAGAUCCUCCCCCUGUUUCGUCGGUUCCCAAUGAGCAGCAGUUGGCCAGACUCACCGACUACGUGGCUUUCCUGGAGAACUGAUAAACCGCAACAAACCCUCUCAACCGUUUCUUCUUAGAUUUGUGUCGACUCACCACCGUGCGUGCAUCAUCUUAUGAUAAAAAAAAACCAAAAACGCUGUGGUGUGAUUAUGAUUUCUGUUUAUGUGUACCAUAAACUUUUCUCUCUCUAUAUAUAUAUCUAUACAUACUGUAUAUAUAUUUUCGCUCGGCAAAACUGUUGUCACGGGUACUUUUCUUCCUAACUUUGCACGAGGGUGUUUUGAUGUCCCACGGAACUCGUGCUGCCCUUUCUCCCAGUGUAUCUUUUGACAUUUGGAAAGUGCUUUUUAUCUAUACAUAGUCGUAUGUUUA